ACUUGGAGAUUUCGUCUACGUUGCUGCCAGGAUUUACGAUUUUAUUAUAAUUAUUAUUUAAAAUACCCAAAAAUAACCAAUUAAAAUAAAUAAAAAGCUAGGUAGAUGUUGUGUGGGCAGUUUUGUCAAAAUACCUUUCGUAAUCGGACUUCAGAACAAACUUUGUUUAUGUCGUAUCCUAGCAUGAGAUAGCGGCAUUGAGUUUCAGAAUUAUUUAUUUGUAUCUUAGUAACGAAUAGUCAGUUUCCUGGUUUUAGAAGAGCAAUUGGUUUACAAGAGCAAUGGCAGAUCCCAAAGUUGAACAGCCUACAUCAGAUGUAGAAACUAAUUAUACUCCAAGUAACGAUCCUAAGAAUAUGCAAGAAGUAACGCAAUACGUACAAUCUCUCCUGCAAAACAUGCAAGAUAAGUUCCAGAGUAUGUCAGACCAGAUCAUCAACAGAAUAGACGAAAUGGGAACUCGUGUGGAUGAGCUGGAGAAGAACAUCACAGACCUGAUGACACAAGCGGGUGUUGAGAAUGAGAAGUAGCAGUAGUAGUGUUACACCCAAAGAUAGGUUGCCUGCAAUAAUUAUGUAAGAAAUAAGGUUAGGCUUUAUAGUUGGGUAGGAUGUUCUAAAGUGUACUGCAUUCCAACACGUUUAUAAAUUUGGUGAGAAUUUUAGAUAAAAUGGUCAAUAUACUUGUCACUUCUUACUAACAGUAAUUUAAUAAAAUUAUUAAGAUUUUGUUUCUCGUCUUUGCACAGGAAAUACCUGAUAGAGUAUGUCACUCCGAUCAUACAAGGAUUAUAAUGUAUUACAUUAUUAUUUUAAUUUCAAGAACCGAUUUUUUUCU